AUGAACAGGAAUCAGUAUAAGCAAAAUAAACAAAAUACAUAUAACAUCGACCAGUGUCCUAUAGCUAAGAAAAAAUUUCGUCGUGGGGAAUUACCCGUCAAUGGAGUUCAUUUACAGCUGGCAAAAGUGAUAAGAGAAAAUGGCAUUUCAGUCAUUGUUGGUGAAACUGGAAGUGGUAAAAGCACUCAGAUUCCCCAGAUUUGUUACGAUGAAGAUUUGAUCGGUAGCGGUAUCUUAGCUGUUACACAGCCACGGCGUGUUGCUGCAAUUACACUUGCGAGACGUGUCGCUUUGGAAAUGAAUGCAAACCUUGGUGAAGUGGUUGCCUAUAAGGUGAGGUUCGAAAACACCACAAGUAAUAAAACAAAGAUUGUUUACGGCACAGAUGGUAUUUUUUUACGCGAGACAUUUUAUGAUUCAUUACUCACACAUUAUUCUAUUGUAAUUGUCGAUGAAGCUCAUGAACGUUCCUACAUCCAAUCCAUUGAAAUUGUAAUCAUGUCGGCUACAUUGGAAACUAACGUUUUUUCGGAAUAUUUUGACGAUGCACCAGUUUAUAUCAUACAGGGAAGGACCUAUCCAGUCGAAAUUUUUUAUGCAAAUUCAUUGGAUAAAAAAGACGAUGAUUAUGUGUUCAAUGUUUUGACGGUAGUUUUACAAAUUCAUCGUACCGAACCACUGAGCUCCGACGUGCUGGCAUUCUUAACUGGGCAGGAAGAAAUUGAAACAGCUUGCAAGAAAGUGCAGGAAGCUUCGAAACUUCUGACUGGUGGCUUGGUAGCUCUCCCACUCUAUGCCGGCCUUCCACCAUCAGCACAGAUGCGGGUUUUUGAACCAGCUAGUACACCAUACACGCGGAAAAUUAUUUUUGCUACGAAUAUAGCGGAAACAUCUAUUACCAUACCCGGUGUACGAAUUAUAGUUGAUAGUGGAAAAAUAAAAGUGAAAACCUUUCUUCCGGAUCGUCAUAUCGAUAUUCUUCGUGUGGAAAAUAUUUCACAAUGUUCAGCAACCCAACGAGCUGGUCGUGCUGGACGUGAAGCACCGGGAAAAUGUUAUCGGCUGUAUUCGGAAAAACAUUUUCAUUCACUCUCCAAAAUGACAGUUCCGGAAAUUUUGCGGUCCAAUUUAGCAGUGAUACUGCUGGAGCUAUUGCGUAUUGGUCUACGACGAAUAAAAUCAUUGGCUUUGAUUUCAAAUCCAAAAAAAGAAAGACUGGAAGCUGCUGAAAAACAUCUUCGCUUACUGGAUGCAGUGAAGCAACCUGAUAAAAAAGGUAGAUUACGACUUACUGAAAUGGGCACAAGAUUAUCAUCAUUUCCGAUUGAUCCAGCUUUUGCACGUGCUCUGUUGGCAGCUUCACAGAAUGAGUGUUUAGAAGAAGUUUUAACAAUCGUGGCAUUUAUGUCCACUGAUUCCGUUUUCAUCAGUUCAGCAAUGAGUCGUGAACAAACAAACUUAUCGAAACGUAAAUUUGAAGCACCCGAAGGUGAUCACUGCACCCUACUGAAUGUUUAUCGCGGAUAUCGUUUAGCUCGAAAAGAAAAGAAACUAGAGGAAUGGUGCGAAGCAAAUCAUGUCCAUCAGCGAUUACUUAAUACUGUUUUUAAAAUUCGAAGACAGCUGCGUGAUAUUUGUUCAAAAAACUCAUUGAUUUUUCGUUCGUGCGGCACUGAUACUGACAAACUCAGGAAGACGCUUUGUCAGGGUCUUUUUAUGAAUGCUUGUGUUUAUGAGAGAUCACACGACCGUUACAAUUUGUUGAUAUCACCUGAAACCUCAUUAAAAAUCCAUCCUUCCUCUUGUUUGUCUCGUUCGAGGCCAACGGCCUUCAUUUUCUCAGAUCUCGUUCGAACAAAUGAAUUGUACGCUCGUGAUAUCACGAUAAUUAAUCUCGAAUGGGCCAAAGAGCUGCUUGAUUCAAAGAAGACGGUACUCAAUAUGUUUCGCGAUAAAAGAUUCCAUUCGGUGAUUCAUCCGUAUAAAAUAGAAUAG